UCAACGAUCCAUAACUCAUCUACGUGUCUACUUCCAAAACGUUUAAUCAGAUCAAGUCCUAACCUAAAUGGAAUAAAUUAUUGAUUUCAAGGUCACAAUAACAGUGUGUGGUUUGAAAAAAAACUGAUCAAUCAAAAACGUUGAAAUGAAGCGAUUUGUAUGACUCACUAAUUUUAUAUGAGCUAAUAGUUAAAAGAAGUUUAAUUAUGUUUACUUGGUCAUUAGACAUGGGCGUAAAUGAUUAUGAACAUAUUUUAAAGGGUAGAGUCAUAUUUGUUUUGUUACAUGACUUCUAAAUACAGUUGCGAGAAGAUUUAUUUCAUAAAUAAACAUACCAUGCAAAUUUAUGGUGUAAUAUAAUUGCGUACAAAUAUGCAUUAUUUCUAUUGUAGAUUGGCUGAGAAAAUAUUUUUAUACAGAAAUCAAUAAAUUACGUGAAUAAGUUUCAGUCUGUUCACUUGGACUGAACGCACACAAACUGGUUAUUGUUUUAGUUGACCGAUUAAAUAAUAAAAUAUGGAUUGACCAAAUACCUUAAUGAAUGGCUUUGUCUAAAAAGUCUCGCGAAUUCUUGAAACCAAUAACUAAAGGUAAGUCUCAUUUAUACCUCAAUAUAUUUUAAAGAGCAUUCUGUAUUCCUUUAUGGUUCAAUGAUAAGGGUGAAUAUUUCGUAUAGUUUAUGUGGUGUUAGGCGAUAAUGGUAAUAUGCAAAAAUAAACGUAGGUGUUAAGAGUAUCUUUAUUCAAGGUUUCAACGUUUAUUUAUGGUUUACAUGAUGAGUUUUAGCAUAAGCGAUAUUCAGUGACCUGUAUUAUUUAAACAUAUAUCAUGUGUAACAAGUUUCUCUGUCAAAGAUAUCUUAUUACUAACUCUUUUGAAUCACAGGCUCGAAAUCACACCACAUGACGAAGGAAUCUUAUAAAAGCAGACGACGAUUAGAUUAUCACGUAGUAUUGUUUCCUGUAAUAAACGAAGUAAAGAUGAUCAGUUACUGCCGAAUAAUUGAAAGUUAAACACUGCAUCUAGCAAUGGGAAAAUAUUAUUCAAAAACAGUUGGUUUUCUUUUCCUUCUCUAAAAAUGUUUAUUUAUGUUUGAAACCGAUCCAUAUUUCGGUUCUGUAAAUGAUUUCCUGGAGAACAUACCCUUCAGCUGUACACUAAAAUGAAAUUCAGAUCAUUUGUGAAUCAGAUUUGUACUUCCGCUAUUUCUUCACAAAUCCAGCACUGGUUUUGUAUCAGUAUAUACUAACAGUCCAUACUAGAUAGACUUUCAUGUUUAUUUGUCUUGAUCAAAUGAAUACAGAACGAUAUAUAAGCUGAAAAUAAAGCCUUAUGAUCGUCAAAAAUAGUAUAUAUAUGACAAAUAAAUCUGAGUGGAAUCUUUAAUGUUAAUGUGAAUUCGAACUCCUGAUAUUUUAUAUUGACAGCUCAGUAUAAAUUGAUCACACAUAAAUCGUCACACUAACUUAUCAGAACCUUUGAACAUUAUAUAUCUAUGGUGAUAAAAAUCUCUUUGUUUGUAUAGUUGCAUCGUUGAGAUAUCUAAGAUAUCUAAAAAACAACCUUCCUGAAAAAACACUAACCGGAAUAAACUGUCUAAACCAUUUAAACUCUGUUCUCCAAGUCGACGAAGAAAUUAUGAAGCCUCAUGACGAAAGAUGAGAUUCUUUGAGAAGCACUAGAUCGAUUUCCCUUCCAACAAUUAGAGCAACAAUAUUUAUGGGUACGUAGAACGUCCAGAUAAUGUGAGGAACCGGGAGGACCAAUCAAAUAGCAACGAAAAUGAGGAGAUACAACUUGACAGUACUCGGAAUCAGCGGAACCUAUUUGACUCAAGCCGGACAGAAAAGGAUUUAUUUAGGUGAGAUGCUGGUGUAUUCUGACCAAGAAAAAUAUAAUAAUCCACACACUCAGAUAGUUGCUGUGAUGCUGUUCAAACUAAGUAGGAAAUGCACCUAUAGGAUGAGAAUCUCAUGGAACCAGGAUCAUCAAAGCAUCAUUGAAAACAAAGUAGGAGGGAAUCACAAUGAUUGCUAUUCACCCACCAAUGAAAGUGAUGACGACAAUAAAGAACAGCUCUGCGAGAGGCUGCAAAUUAAUCAUAUCAAAGUGGUCAAGAAAGAACAUGAUCAUCCUAAUGGGAGACCUAAACGCCAAAGUCGGAAUCGAAAACAGUGGUUAUGAAGAUAUCAUAGGACGACAUGGACUAGGAGAAAGGGACGAGAAUGGCGAGAGAUUUGCAGAUCUAAAUGCAAUCAACAAAUGGGUUAUAGGUGGCACAAUAUUCCACACAAUAGCAUACAUAAAGUCAUGUGGAUCUCACCGGACCACACCAUAAAGAAUCAGAUAGUUCUACUGUACAGAUCUGAAACUUGGAGAACUACUACAACCAUUAUCAAAAAGGUACAAUUAUUUAUAAAUGUUAUAUCUAUAGCUUUGGUUCUUACUGUGCCGCGUACUACUAGACUACUUGAACGAUAGAACCCGCAACGCCGCAAGAGAGAAGACAGAAGACUAGUAAGUAGGAACUUUUAUUCCCCAAAAUAGUGUCAAAAUAUGGUACAGAAAUCUCAUGUAUUUAUAGUUAUUGGCUGAGAGUAAAUUAUCAUUUCAGACAACCAUUAGGCACAUAGGGGGUCAUUCGUAUCCAUCCAAUGGGAAAGCUACACGUUGACAUUCUAGAAUAUUCCCCUAGCAGUGAUUGGAUGGAAUGUCUUCGGCUCUUUCUGGCCUUCUUGAGGCUUCCUAGAGUUUACUAACGAGCCGUUCUUACAAUAAACAAUUUUCUAUGUAUUAUAAUAUCAUUUGACCGGAUACCAUCAGCAACAGCCUACUGCGUGAGAGGACAAACCACCUUUCAGCUGAAGAGGAAAUUAGGAAAAGAAGUUAGAAGUGGAAAGGACACAUUGAGGAAAUCAUCAAACUGUUUCAUGAGGCAAGCUCUAACUUGGAAUCCUGAAGAGAAAUGAAGAAGAGGAAGGUCAACGAAUAUAUUGGUUUUGGAAUCAGAAGUAGACAUGAAAAGAAUGAAUAGCAAAUGGGAAAAACUGGAAAAAAUUGCCUAGGAUGGAGAAUGCUGGUAAGCGGCCUAUACUCCUCCAUGAGAAGUAACAGACUUCAUUAAGUUCUUUAGUGAUAAUACAAGUGAACUUUAUAGAGAAACUCACAAAAUUCUCUGACCUAUUUCCAAGGGAACAAUAAUUUCAUUUCUUUCAUUUACUAUAGAAUGGUUUAAUUUAAUGUGUUCAGAUUUUGUGUUUGUUUCAAGUAUUUUUUACUAUUUAAGCUUCAUUAUAUUUUUUUAUUUUGUCCCUUUAUUUCAUUUUACUUAUUUAGUAGUGAAGAUACUCAGUUACUGAAUUACAAUAAUCCGUUAAAUAAUCAAUAUGCGAUUAAAUUAUAUCAGGUAUUUAUUCAGUUAUGUAAAUUGUCGUUUACGUUCAAGAAAAUGCAAAUUUCUCUGUAUCAUUAUGCUUAUUAUAUCUUGUCUGUCAGCUAUUUGGUUAUUGAUUACAUUAUACAUGCAAGAGGAUUUACUUCAUUAUCCACCAAAUAUUAAUUUGUAUCAAAUUUAUGAAAAAGAAAAAUUACAGAUUCAUUCAAGUUUACCACCCUUAUGGAAAAUCAUUUUUCCUCUAUCUUCUAAUUAUACAGAACAAUGUCUUAUUAAACAUUAUAAGUGCAAUGGUAAUAAUAACGAUAGCAAUAAUAAUUCCUCAUUAUUUCAGUCGUCAAAAUGUCAAGCUAUUGAUAUUCUCUUAAUUAUUCGAUCACAUGUAAAUAAUUUCAAUCAACGAGAUGCUAUUCGUAAAACAUGGGGAAAUCAAGAAUGUUAUAAGAAUUUUGGUGUAUCUAUUCGUAUUCUAUUUAUUUUAGGCAAACAAGACGAUAAUAAUGAUAAUAUAUUAAAUUAUUCUAUACCAAAUGAAAGUACUCAUUAUGAUAAUAGUAUGAGUAACAUUGGGAUAUUACAAAAGCUAUACUAUGAGCAUAUAAUUCAUCAUGAUAUUAUACAAUUUGACUUUAUUGAUAAUGGUUCUAAUUUAUUGAAUAAAUGGAUUGGUAGUAUUGAUUUUAUUGUAAAAUAUUGUAUGAUUACUGAAAAAUCUUUUACCUUAUUUCUAGAUGAUAAUUCUUUUUUACAUCCAAUAAAUUUAAUACAAUUAUUACGUCGUAUUACACUUACUCAGUAUAGAAUUUAUGCAUCUGGUCAUGUAGAACGUAUCUCUUAUCCAGUACGUAUUCCGUUCUUGUCUAAAUAUAUAUCAUCAUCAAAUUAUCCAUUCAAUAUAUAUCCACCAUAUAUAAAUAGUGGAACAAUUAUAUUAAGUAUGCCUGUUGUUCAAUUAUUACGUGUUGGAUUUAACCAUGUUACAAAUAUGCCAUAUGAUGAUAUCCUAUUGGGAAUUAUACUAUUAAAAUUUGGUAUUAGUCCUAUUCAUUUAAAAAAUAUUUAUACAGAACAUAGUUUAGAUAAACAAACACUUAAACAAUUACAAUUUAUCAGUAUUCAUGGUUACAAUGAUCCUUCAAUGAUUCAUUCGUUAUGGUCAACUUUAAAUAUGAAUUACGCUUGUAAAAUAAAUAAAUAA